GAAGAUUAUGUUUUCCUUCAACCCCGUUACCCUUCCCAUGAACGGAAACAGGAGGUUCAAAAGACUGAGUAAUUGUCAGAAAAUUCUGUAGUUGAGUAUUUCGUCGGGAUUACUUCACUGAAUUGUGCUGGUUAAAAAACAUAAGGCGUAAUAAUUUGGAACUUCAUACUAUUACUAGGGUUACGUACUACCCCCACGUUGACAUCCGACAAUGCCGCGAUCAAAGAGAAAUAAGGUCAUCGCCUUGACAAAGGUGAAGAAGGGCGACAACAAGGAACGAAAAGACGGCCUCAUCGAAAGAAUACAAGAUGCGGUAAGAUGAAAAUAUAAUGCCUCGUUUGACUUUGCUUGUUUAGAAAGUUCGUUUCAGUAUGCACCUGCGCCUUGGUAGUGUAGUUCAAAUAUCGCGACCAGAAAUCUAACCACUGAUGCAUCCCCCUGCUCUACGCCCGCCACCUACUUCUACUGCCUCUCACAACGUCAACCACAGGUCGAGAAAUAUCAGCAUGUGAUGCUUCUUCGUGUAGAGAACCAGAAGAACGAAUUGGUGAAGCAGGUGAGACAAAAGUUCAAGUCAAACGGACUUGUUUUCAUGGGAAACAAUAACGUCAUGCGACUAGCACUCGGCACCGACUCAGACAGUGAGAUCGCAGAUAAGAUAGCACACCUAGGAGAAAAGAUUGGCGGCGAAUGCGCUUUGUUGUACUACUAAUUUUUUUUAUCCAUUUUCUUGUUUGUGAAUCUACUUCAACUUCGUCUCUUGCUUGCAACCACAACUAACUACUUUUUCUGGUGUAAGUCGUCGAUCUUUGCAUAAACAUGAUGAAAUCUUCUCAAUACUACAUUGCCAGGUGCACUGACGCUUCCCCAGCAGAAGCACAGAGAUAUUUUCUCGAGCUCCAAGAGGCAACUUUUGCAAAGAGCGGAGCCGCAGCAUCAGAGACGUUCACGAUACCAAAAGGAGAACUCAAGUACUUACUACUCAUUUAGAUGAUGUUUUUCAUUGUGUGAUUUUUGAAUUUUAACAUUUUUCCUCACCAUUUCCAUUGUAAGUGAUGAUUGGAUUUGAACUUUGCUCUUGACCUACUUGUACUUCUUCGAACAGAUCAUGCCUAUCAAAGAAAAAUGUUAAUGUUUAUGUUUUCUCCCUACCGCCCCGACUUCUCCCUCAGCCUCCCGUUCUCCAUGGAGCAGCACUUGCGAUCAUGCGGUCUCCCAACCCAGCUUAGAGAUGGAAAGAUCAUCAUGCUCGCAGACCACACAGUGUGCCAUGAGGGCAGAGCUUUGACAGUCGACCAAGCGCAAGUGCUCAAGCUGUUGGGCAGAAAGACCAGUAUCUUCCGCAUGACCCCUACGGGCUUGUGGAGUAAGACCGAGACCGGUGGAAGCUACAAGAACUUGGGGAAUAACUGCAUCUGAAACUUUUAGCCGAUCAUGUAAAGGAAAUGAUGUACUUAGAUCUCCACCAACUCGCAACUACCAACUACAAUGCAUUUCCAAAGGCGCACUAGACAACGACUAUUUUAACGCAACUCGCAACAGAUAUUAAUGCAACAAGGAAGAUGACUAUGGUUAAAUCUAGACAACCUGGGAAACAAUAAAAAGAAGCUACAAGAAGAAAGAGUAAGCAGCAAAAUUCGGCUGUCUUCCAUCUAUCGACGACAAGUCCUCGGACAUAAAGACAGGGGCAAAGCAUCUAGCAGGACUAUCGCAGCCGCAGU